AUGAGUGAUGCUUUCAUAUCUUUUAAUUUUCUGAGAUGGGGGGAAAAGCCAGCUCUAGAUUCAGAGCUUUGGCAUGCUUGUGCUGGCCCCCUUGUCUCUUUGCCAGCACUUGGAAGCCGCGUGGUGUACUUUCCACAAGGUCACAGUGAACAGGUAGCUGUGUCAACUAACAAGGAAGUGGAUGCUCAUAUUCCAAACUAUCCAAGCUUACCUCCUCAACUGAUUUGCCAACUUCAUAAUGUGACUAUGCAUGCUGAUGCUGAGACUGAUGAAGUUUAUGCACAGAUGACCUUGCAUUCUUGCAACCUCUGA